AUGGUCUCAACGCGUUCAACCAAGAGGCGCUCGCGCAGCCCGGUCGCAAAAGCUGCCGAAGGGCGUCCAGCCAAAAUCGCCCGGAAGCGGAAACAGGCCGUGAAAAAGUCAGUCAAAUUUUUCAAGGCUGUCGAGGCUGUUCUGCUAGAUAUAGCUGAAAAGUUUCCAUAUGCCCUGAAAGCGCUUCCUGAUGUUCUCGCUUCGAAGUGGGAUGACCCGGAAUUCGUCCCCUACCGUGAAGCGUUUCCUGAAUCAGCAACUUCAUCUCCUGAGGCAUUCGAAGCUCACGUUAAAGACCUCACUGAGCGAGAUGUAAAGAUUGCUUAUUUGAAAAAUCUGCAAGGCUAUCUGUGGGAGAAUGGAUACAAGACACAUGUAUAUUCGACGCCUGUCUACCCUGAUGUGCUAAGCUCUCUGGAGACCUGGUCAUCCUCUACCACUUCUGGCGAUAGCAACGUCACCAGCAAAGAGAUAUCUAUCUACAGUAGCGGGUCAAUCUUCGCACAGAAGCUUCUGUUCCAACACAUCAAAGACCCUUCUUCGCCCGACGAUCCCAAGGCUGUUUUGGACAAGCGAGACGUUAUCAAAGCGUGGUUCGAUACGACGAAUGCGGGUCUCAAACAAGAAGUCAGAAGCUACGUAAAGAUUGCGGCGGAGCUUGGCAGAGAUCCAGGCGAGAUACUGUUCUUGAGUGAUAAUGUCAAUGAGGUGCGGGCAGCGAUCCAAGCGGGCAUGAAAGCAGCUGUGGUGGACAGACCAGGAAACGCGCCGCUGUCUGAUACAGAGAGAGAUGAAUUCGAGGUUGUGGAAAGCUUUGAACAGAUCGAGCUGUGA